AUGCGGGCGCGUUGCACGAUGGUGGAGAACAUUGAAGGGACUUCCCUUCCUUCCACGGGAGAUGUUCCAUCUCGUGAACGCACUAAGAAGAACACCCGUUCCUGCAUCCCACCCUGCGUACCUGCCAUGCAAGAAGUUCCUCAACUACUUGCAAUCAACUUGGUUACGAGAGCCUUUCGAGAAGAUGUGGUGCAAAUACAUGGUACACGAACAACGGACAGCAAAUGUAGUCGAGAACUACCACAUGCGCCUAAGACAAAUGAUAGGGAAGUACCAUCCACCGCUAACAGAACUUAUUCUAGUUCUUCGAAGUGUAGUUGCGGUUGCGAAGGCAACUCUCUCGAGGAUGGAAACUAUAGGAAAGACAGAGUGCGCCGAGAAAAAAUAGAAGCGGCUAUGUCCACAUUCGAGGCCACCAUUCAAGGAGGACAAAAUCCAAGCAUGGCCGAAAUUGAAAGAUAUUGCCGCAAGAUGUCACGUUACACAUCUGACAAGGCUGUAUAG